AUGGCAGCAAAAAUCCUUUCGAUUUAUUACAAAAAAAAUAAACUCGGAUGUGCAUAUUAUGAACAAAAAACUACAACACUCUAUUUAAUGUCUGACAUUCCGGAAGAAAAGGAAUUUCGUCAUAUUCGUUCACUUCUGCAUCAAGUUUCUCCAACACUCUUGCUUACCAGUAAGAACGAAGAUGUUGACCUUUUGAAUUAUCUCCAUCAACACUGCCUUUCGAGGCAAGUGGAACGAGAGGAUAAUUUGAAUGGGAAUCAUUGCCAAGAAAAUGUGGAAACAAAGAAACAGAAGAGUGUGCCAAAAACAGGUCUUAAACGCUAUAGAAAUGAGAUUGAAGCUAAAAAUGGUGAUGAUAAUAAUGAUAACCUUUCCGAUUUUAGUGAAGUUAUCUGUAAUCUUCAUGUUAUGCCACAAAUGGCAUAUGAUUAUGAAAGUGGCAAAAAACGAAUUGCUGCAUUAUUUGGACUUGGAAACGAUGAUAAAGAAGAAUAUUAUCUUCAGUUGGCUUUUAGAAUCGACCUUGCUUCUGUACACAUGAUUCAGGCACUGGGUAGUCUGCUGAAAUAUUUAGACGCCAUAAGGCUAGGCGUUGAAUUCGAGGAUCAUGAAGUUAAAACUCCUAUUACUAAAGAGCGCCAUCCAUCUGCUUUCAAGGCUUGCACUUACGGUGGUACUCGUGAAGGACUCAGUAUCUUUGAAAUUUGCAAUCGUUGUCGCUCGUCACCAGGCAAAAAUCUUCUUAAGCAGUGGUUUGAAAUGCCUACUUCAAAUAUAACAGUCCUCAAGAAUCGUGCAGACGCAGUUGAAUAUUUUAUUCAAGACGUUAAUUUUGAGACAGUGGAAUUUAUACGAAAAACAUUAAGACGAAUUUUUUCUCUCAAGACUUGUUCAAAUAUGUUGGCAAUCACUACAUAUAUUGAAGUUCAUGGCAUAAAAUUGGAAUUAAUUGCCAGUGAACUUGAGCACGUUGAUGACGCAAUUAUUCGAAUCACUGCUAUUAUGGAAGAAAUGAUAAAUUUUGAGGAGUCCCAAAUUGAAGAUCGAUUUAUAGUUAAUGCUAAUAUUGAUCCAAACUUGGAUCGUUUGAAGAAAAUUUACGCAAAUUUGCCGCAAACUUUAACAGAAGUGGCAAAUAAAGAAGCAGAAGUUCUUGGUGUAGAUUAUUGCUCAGUGAAAUACGUUCCCAUGUUUGGAUUUUUAUUGGGACUGUCGAAUGAAACCUCCUUGGAUCCAACAGUUAUAAAUGAUUUAGAGUUCAUUUAUGAGGCAGAUGGAUAUAAGUUCAUGAAAAAUAGAGGAAUGCGCAAUUUGGACUCUGAAGUCGGUGAUAUCAAAAUGGAGAUUGUGGAUACAGAAACUGCAAUAAUACUCCAGUCAAUGGUAUCUGAAUAUAGCGUAUCAUUAUUGCAUUCACUUCGCGCAUGUGCCACGCUGGAUUGUUUGAUAUCGCUUGCUUUAACAGCACGCGAAUACAGCUGGUGUCGACCAUUAUUAGUCAAUGAAUCGGUUAUUGAUAUCGAUGGUAGCAGGCAUCCUAUUUCUGAAUUAUUUUCUUCAACUAAAUUCGUUUCUAAUCCGAUAAGGUCUGGUGGUCUUCAGACAAAAGUUGGUAUAAUCAUUUUUCUCGCUCAUAUCGGGAGCUUUGUGCCAGCCGAACAAGCAGUAAUCGGAUUAUUUGAUCGUAUUGAUUCUAGAAUGUAUGUUAUGGACUGUGUUCAGGAUAAAAUGUCUUCAUUCACAAAAGAUAUUUCUCAGAUUUCCGUUUCUUUGCAAAAGGCGACUUCAAGAUCACUCGUAAUAAUAGACGAGUUUGGCAAAGGAACUACUAAUGAAGUUGGUUUGUCUUUACUAGCAAGUUCAUUGAAUUACUGGAUCAGAAAAGGCAAAGACGUUUGUCCACACGUUUUUGCCAGUACUCAUUACCAUUCUUUGUAUAAGUACCUUGAUUUACGAAGUGAUAUUUUAUCAUUUUACGCUAUGGAAGCAGCUGAGGAGAAUGGUGAACUCGAAUUUUCAUAUCGCUUUAUUCCCGGAACCAUCGAUAUGUCAUUUUGUAGUUAUACAGCGAGAAAAGUUGGCAUUCCUUCCACUGUAAUAGAACGAAGCAAUCAGAUAUACGAACAGUUGAAAGCUAAUCUUGCAAUAAUUCCUAUUGAACUAGUGGAAGUUGAAAGCGAUUCUUCGGCUGACUACUACAGAAUUAGCGAAUGUUUUUUUGAGUGGGAUAUUGAAAACGAUUGUGAAGGAUUUCUGAACUAUGCAUCUUCACUGUUAUCCGUUAAUCCUCUACCCGUUCGUAACAGCGCCGAAGAACAAGAACAUGCUGAUAUUAAUUCAGAGAAUAACGAAAAAUGUGAUACUGAUGAAUAUUAUAAUGAAAAACAAAAGAUUGACAGAGAACAAAAAUCAGUAUCGUCUUAUUCAUUAAGUAGUGGCAAUACGCCACAAGUGUCAAAAUCGCAUGAUAGCAUACUAUCUGAUGUCGUUAUCAAAGCUUCAAUACUCAAAGCUAAUCCCAACCAGUUUUUAACUAGUUUUGUUAAUCCGUUAGGAUGA